AGGAGAUUCAUUGCAGCGUAAAGCCUACAUGCCUCGCUUCUCACAAGACCUGCGCGCCUGGCAAUGAUAACUAAGAUGCAUGCCACUAAUACUGCGUACUGGUCCUCGUCGUUUGGAGCUGCCCUCACUCUCGCGCAAAACCACCAAUGACCGAGGUAGAUCGAGCAGCGGCAACACUGCGUAAAAAGGAAAGAAAAUGAGAUAUAGAGACCGACCGACCUCAUGGGGCAUUCUUGCACCAGCACAUCCCGCCUAGUACCUCCGGUCGCCGGUCAUGUCGUAUCCUCCAAUCUCCAGUUACGGUGAAUAUUACGAGACCGCGAACCAAGGCCAGAACACGCAGCAUUCGUACAAUACUGCGAGGCAACCGAACGAUCGCUAUACCACCCAAGCCCCAUAUCCGGGUGACAUUCGACAGAGUCAGUAUGGCUCGUCCGGGUAUGACUGGUCGGGACAAGGACAAAACCAGCAGAACUAUGCAGACAGUCCACGCCAGCAAACCUACAAUAGUUCCUCGUGGAAAGAUGAACGGACACAGGGUGCAUCUUACGGCGAUACUCGGCAGACGUUGAGUUAUGCGACACAAAGCUCGGCGGGUAGCAACAGGCAGGAAUACUAUAAUGCACGUUCAACGACUCAGAGCACUCAAGGUCUUAACAAUUUAGCCUAUGCGUCUGGACUACAAGAUUCGGGAUCGCAGAGGCAAGGACCUCGGCCCCAACAGUCGAGCAUGUCCUCGAGCUCGAUGUAUGCUACGGGAAACGCGCCGAACCGUGUUCAGUCUCCUGUCACCCAGCAAGGAGCGCGGCGUUACAGCUCCAAUCAGUCUGCGGAUCGUGCCAAUCAGAACGAAGCCGCAUCUACUUCCAGCCAGCAACCACAGAUGCCUGCGGCGGCAGCCGCUCUCGCUGGUGCCGUCAGUCGACGCUUUCCGCAGGCGUCUUCCACACAAGCAUCAGUGUCACCGGUCCUGAAUGGUGCCAACGUGCCGAGCGCCGUCCCGCAAAGAUCUGCCUCACCUUAUUUUCAGUCAAAUGUACCUCCACCUCCACGGAAACUUUCAUUUCACGCUCAGCAGACCGCUGUUUCGGCCAUGGCCACAGCCAACACUCCUCGCGGAACAACUCAACAGGCAUCCCAGGAUCGAAACGGAAAACCUAUACGUGCCGCGAGCCAUGGCGUACAGCAAUCUCCAGAUCAGCCUCAACAACAGGCGCCCCAAGUAAAUAGCAUCUCAAAUCUUGUGACUCGUUCUACUGAAGAGCCGCCUCAAGCACAGUAUCCUGCUACAUCGAAUACACAGAACACAAUGCCGAGCUACAUCGACCCAGCACAGGUUUUUAAUCCUUACGCCAGAGAACAUGAGAGACGUCGCAAAGAGGCUGAGUCCGAGGCCAAAAGAAAAGCCGACGAGGUAGCUGCUGCAGCGAGGAGAAGGGAAGAAGAAGCUGCAGCAGCGAAGAGGCGUGAGGAGGAGGAUGCUGCCAGAAAGAAACAGGAAGAAGCCGCGGUUGACUCCACACCGAAGGCAAGCAAGAAGAGGUCCAGGAAGAAGGCUUUGAAGCCGCCUCAAGGAGUUACUGAGAACCCGUCCGCGCCCGCCGAAGGGGACACUGAACCUACCGAAAAAGACAUGGCAGCUGAGCUGAAAGCUAUGAUGGACAAGAUGAAGGAGUUCCGUACCAAAGAUCCUUCACUCUUUCAGAAGCUCUGGGACGAUAUGCGGAAAGCCACGGCUCCGGUGCAACCUCCAUCGCCCUCGAUGGCGCAACCUACAAGAUCCCCGCCUCCCCCAAUGCCGCAUACUGCAUCAGCAGCGCCUUCGAUGGUCCCUGCUGUGCAGCAACAGCCAUCAGCUCCUCAGCCAAGUCCAGCCAGGACCCCCAGGGUAGCCGCACACCCCCAUUCUAAUGGGUACAGGGUCGUGGUAGAGGAUAAUGCUGAAGGCUUACCCGAUUUAGGCCGUUUCCCUGCCGAAAGGCGGGUACGAGCCUCGUACAAUACUAGCAAGAGAGCAUCAAAUUCUGCCCGAGCGACCCCAGAGGUAACGACGAAUGCACCUCCCCCUCAGGUCAUUCCACAGCAGACCACUGUACCUCCUCCUCAGCCCGCAGAUCAGCAACAAGUUCCACCUUCUCUACCACCGGUACUGCCACCGCAACCUUCGGCUGCUCCAGCAAAAGAUCCUUCCUUGAAGUCUCCUCCACUUACACAAGGGCUACCGCUGCGAGGAGCACAUGGAAUGACAGUCUGGCCGGAAGAGAGAAGAAAUGCUCUUGCCGAAGCAGCUGUGAAGGCAUUGAAAUCAUACCCGGGCAACGAGUCUAUCGAAAUUGCACCAGCAGAUAUCCACGCCAUACUGGAAAAGAAUCCAAGCUAUAUUGAUCUAUGCGAGAUUCUAGAAGCAAAGGGUUUCAAAUACCACAGAGGCCAAUUUGCUCGACAACUAUUGAGCAACGUCCCCAAUCUGAAUGGGCCCGAGCCAAAACCAUCACCAUCCCAACCUCAGGCUCAGCUGCAAGCUUCAGCUUUGCAUCACCCGCCCCCUCCACCGGUCUCUGUCCCGAUGGAUGGUUCGAGAGUCCCUAUUGCCACACCCAUGCAGCCUCCUAUAUCUGGACCAGUCCUACAGCCCCCCGGAACGCGCAAUCCUUCAAUGCCUCCUUUGAGUGGUCCACCAGCAAAUGCAGCGAUUCCACCGGGCGCUCCAAGGCUCGCUCCUCCUCAGUUUCGCAGCGUCAAUGGGUCUGCCUUCUCUGGCCAUCCACACGCUGAGCCUGUCUAUUUUCAAGCAACGCAUACACAAUCUUCUAUGAGAGUGCCGAGACCCAAUUCGUUCAAUGUAAUCAAACCGUCACGAUCGGAACCUGCGCAAGGGACGAAGGAAGCACAAGCGCGGAAACGCGACUUUUCAGAGAUAGUGGAUUUGACCGCGUUGAAUGACGAUGAAGACUAUGUACUUUCACGGAAACAAGCAAGAGUCGAAAGUCCAUCUCCGGAGCCCGAUCCGUUUGAAGAAUACCAGAGGAAAAUGACUGCGGUACCGCCACCACCGGUGAUACUACCUUCACAGGGACCGCCGCAGGGCUGGCCAUAUACCACUGCGAACGGCACGCCUCUGAAAUUCAAUCCCAAUGAUGCGUCUCAGUACGCACCGAGGCCUACCGCGAUGGUUCCCGCGCAAGCCCCAGCACCAAUGACACUCAAAACGACAAAGAUCCUCGCUAAGGCGAUCAAAAAGGAAGAAGCAUUACGGAAGAACUACUACAACCCCAAAACGGUGGCCCGAGAUAUUCUCAUUGCAGCUGGAAGGCACCCAUUUGAGAGGCCGCUCAACGCUCAUAUGGCAGGGUUGCUUGGGAAGCACAUUGACCUCGAUUCUGAUCUGAGCACCUUUGAUUGGGACGCUAUUGAUCCAGGAGGAACCCCUGUUCCGCAGGUGGCCUUUGUCGAUGUUCCAAGAGAGCCACCUCGCUAUCAGCUCGGUCAGAUGGUCAAAAGGAACACGGAAAAGGCACUGGAAUCACGCUUGCCGAAACUGGACAAGCGUGAAAUGCAUGCGCCUGGAGACACCUCCUCGACGAGAGUAGAACAGCGAUUCACACUUCCACAUUCACACAAGCAGCUUAAUGGCCACUCAAGGUCGUCUAUUGUUGCUCAGUCGCCUCUGCGGCAGGAUGUACCGAGCGGGAGUUCACUGAAGCGCCACAACAGUAUUUCCAGUGUCGCUUCACUCAUUCCUGACCCCGCUCGUGGCCGCUCGACACGAUCUACUUCAAUUCACGUCAGACCCUCUGUUGAGAGCGACAAAAUCCAAACAAUGGAAGCCGGCUCUUUCUACCCCAGUGGUAAACGACGGGGACGUCCUCCGGGUGCCAAAAACAUUCAUGCAGGUGUCAGAGCCCUAAAAGCUGCUGCCAACCCUGCUCAGAUCUCCGUCACUGUAUCGUCGCAAUCCUCUAUGCCUCAAUUCAAAUGUCGUUGGAAAGGCUGCAAGGCACAUCUGCACAACCUUGAGACGCUACGCCAGCACGUUGCCAAACUCCACCAACCUACACAAGAGGACGUCGAUCAAUUCGGUUACAUUUGCUGGUGGAAGAGAUGCCAAUACUUGGAGGAUGAUGGGAAAGGUGGAAUCAGUCCGAGCAAGACGUUUGACAACACGGCAGCGUGGCUCGAUCACAUUGAGGAGGACCAUCUCUACCAGGUCGCGAUGAAGCUCGGAGAUGGCCCCUCCACGAAACACAUCGGUAAGCAAACGUCAAAGACAUCAGUUUUUGAUGUCUCACAGUUCAUAUUCCAUCCUCCACCAAAACAGAAAGCUAGAACUGUUUCUUACUUAGACCCUCAGACCGUCCUCCAGGAUAGAAGCCGAUACCUUUCCGACGAAAGUGGACGCACGACUACCCCUACAUCUUCAACCAAAGCCCAAGACGACCUCGAGCGCGAUACAAUGACCCUCACCAAGGCAGAAUCCGACGAUCACGACAAGACGGCCCAGCGCAGCUUCAUGAAGACACAUCGUAAAGAGGCCAAGAGCAGUCCGAAAGCGCUUGCAGAAGAGACACUGAGAGCCAUGACUGCCAGGAAGGCGGAAAUUGGGCCGGGCCUUGAAAGAGGUGGCGCUAUAUUGGUCACUGAAGAGAGGAGAAAGACGUUGAUUCAGAAUGAGGGCCUCGCUAAGGUCGUGGAUCCUGAUUAUUGAUAUCAUGGAAAGAAAAAAGGUCUGGGCACAAUGCAGAAGUGCAAAUACAUCAAGGCGCUAUCAGGGCUAUGAGAUGAGAUCUUGCCUAUGAGGUAUGAGCCGACUCGAGGAUGAAGAGAAGAGCCGAAGGCAGUCGGAAGAGAUGACCGACAAAGCGCAACGUUGAUUGUGUGUGACAUAUCAAGGCUAUGGCAGAUUUCAAUGGCAAGCCUGUCCCAUGAAACAGGCCGUAAACCUGCACUAUUGUAUGAAUGUUUUAAUGCUCC